UGAACAAUAAAUUGACAGUUCCAAGUCAUUGCGUUGACGUAGCUUCAAAAAACUCUAUGUUGGACAGUGUUUUUAUUUGCAAAGGUGCCUCGGUAGUGACGAACGGGAUAAAAUACAAUCGAACAUCGCUGGCCGAAGAUGUCCAACAAUUCCGAUAAUCAGUACUGGGCGAAUCCACCACAAGAAAUGUACGAUGGAUUCAACGACAAGUCGCAAGUGCUUGACUUUCAAACGUUCAACCCGAACGAAACGGCGUACUGGAACGAUGCAUCGCAAACGGACCCAGGAUAUAAUCAGGUACCCGAGACGGCUUCCCGCGAUCCAUACGGCAUGAUGCAGCAGCAGACGCACUACGGACCAGCGCCUUCAAUUUUUACACCGAACUAUGGCGAUGAUACUGGGGUUGGAACCGGCCCUGGCAUGGGCAUCGAAACGACCGAAUUCGACGAACCGCCUCUGCUAGACGAACUGGAGAUCUACCCUCGACGUAUCAUGGAAAAAGCAAUCGCUGUACUAAACCCCUUCCAAAAUUCCGGUUCGAUGGUAGACACCUCGGACUAUCUGUUUAAGGAAACUGAUCUGGCUGGUCCGAUUAUAUUCUGUCUUACGCUUGCUGCAUGCCUAUCUAUCUCGAAUAGUAAGGCCCAGUUCGGUUACAUUUACGGUUUAUCAACAAUAUCCGUGCUGGCAAUGUACUGUCUCAUCUGGCUAAUGUGCCACGCGGUCGAAUGGCACGUGACUGUGUCUGGUGUGGCCAGCGUGCUAGGUUACAGCAUGUUGCCGGUCGUGUUUCUAGCAGUGAUUGGAAUGUUUACCUCGCUUAAUAACUUAUACGGCAUGAUGCUGGCAGGAUCGUCCAUCCUUUUAGCUACAGUGUACUCGAGCCGAAUGUUCUGCCUUAUGACCGGCGACCCUCAUCAGAGAUACUUGAUAGCGUACCCAUCCUCACUGCUGUUUACGAUCUUUUCUAUGCUGGUUUUAUUUUAA